AACACUGAAGAAAGAAAGGUGGUAGAUGAGAGAGAGGGGUUGCCUCCUAUCUUCCUCGCCAACUUCUCAUCCUUCCUGUUCUGCCCCUACAGAAAUCUCCGCCGGCCUUCCCAUAAUACCCCUGCUCCUCCUCUCAGUGAUAUCAGAGGACUUCAGUAAAGCAUGGUUAGCCUAAGGAGACGAAGGCUUUUGGGGCUAUGCUCAGGGAGAAAUUCUGUUCCUGUUCAGCUUCCAGGAUCCACUGAGAAUGGAAGUAUUAUGGAAAAUUCUAAUAAGACUGUAAAGCCAUUCAGUGUGCAUCCUUUGCCUUCAUUUAUUCUCAGCCAUCAAAAACCGACAAAUAUUUCUGAAGCCAGCUUUGCCUCUUCUAAUGCUUCUGCUUCUAGCUCAUCAAAGGAGGACACAGGUAACUAUUAUCCAGGUAAAAAAGUAAAGCGCAGGAAGCGGCAUAGGAGAAAGCAUUAUGAAGACCAGGAACCAUGCAUAAUGAGGGGUGUCUAUUUCAAAAAUAUGAAAUGGCAGGCUGCAAUAAAAGUUGACAAGAAACAGAUCCACCUGGGCACUGUCGGAUCGCAGGAAGAAGCAGCCAGAUUGUAUGACAGGGCAGCUUUUAUGUGUGGGAGAGAGCCAAACUUUGAGCUCUCGGAGGAGGAGAAGCGAGAGCUGAGCCAAUACAAAUGGGAAGAAUUCCUGACACUGACACGCAACGCUAUCAACAUCAAAAAACAUCAGAGAAGGAUCGGCGUUCGGGGAAGGCCAAGGAAGACCGAGGUGCAGAACAGUAAUUACGAUCCAGAGAGAGGCACCGGUGUCUCCUCAAUGUCUGAUGAUGAUGAAGAUGAGGAAACAUCUGCAACUUGAUUGUUUCUAGUGAUUAUAGUUUGUGGAGAAUCUGAGCAAUGCUAAUUUUUGCAAUCAAGGCCAUUCAUCCACAUAUUUAUUUGUAGGUAGCAUUGGUAGUUAUUAUUUGUUAUGUUUUGGGGAGACCCUAUAUGGGCAAAUUAGGAUGGAGAAGUUAAAUUGAACUGAUAAUAGUUGUACUUUGUUGCCCUUCUGUAGUAUUGGGAUAAGGCAGCCCGCAAUAAGAUAUUUAUAUAAUUAAUUUUAUCCAAAUUACCCAUAAUGAA